GAACGCCUCGGGAGCGAGCCGUGCCGGCGCGGGAACAAGCAGCAGCAGAGACGCCGGCAGCCUCCAUCGUCCGCACCACCACAUCCAGUCCAAGGCGCUGCAGGCGCAGCUGGCACCCCGCACUACGUCCCGUCCGCGCUGGAGCCGCUGUCCGGCCCGCCCCAGCGCACGGUCGACGGCGCAUCUACGCCGCGCUGCAGGACCGCACCUAUCGCUGCCCCGGCCAUGUCGGCGCAGCCUGGCGAGCUCGGCGCGUCAGUGCCAGGCGCACCAGCGUCGACGUCACGCGCCCGCUCGUUCUCCCUGCGCAGGCUCCGUGCUCGCUCCGCCACGGGAUCACCCUCACGCGCCAGCGAGGCCGAUCGGCCGCCCGUGCCGGGCCUAUCUUCGCCGCACGGCACGGCCGCGGGCUCCGCCAGCAGCGGGCCCGCCGCGCCCUUGCCGCCUGCAUUCCCGGCUGCCUGCGCCGAGCGCUAUGCGGCGUGCUACUGCGAGGAGAACGUGUAUCGCCUGUGCGCCGAGCUCAGCGUCGAGCUGGCACAGCGCAACGCAGCGGCCAGGGCCAGCGGCGAUUCACAGCGCUGGGAUGCUUGGGCCGUGGUCGUCAGCAGCAUUGACCAGCGGGUGAGUCUGGCGCUUGAUAGGUGGGACAGCACUGGUUGCUGAUGCACAUGCGCGGCCAGGCGAUGCUCUGGCAUCAGAGAGCCAGCUCGGACCCCUACGGGCGCGUCAUGUGGGACUACCACGUCUUUCUUCUGGUCAGCUGCACGCGCCAUCGAGCAGUGAGUAGGCCCGAGGGGUGCCGCAAGCGCAGGCUGACCCGCCGCAGAGUA